AGUGCAUUUCUGCGAUCUAUCAAGAGGGAAUGAAUGCGGACCCAAUGGGAUAUGCAUACAACAACCGACGGGUAACCGAUGUCGUUGUCCGCUUGGGCGUAUGGGCAUAAUGUGCCGUAGACCUUGCCAGGAUAUUUACAAGUCUUGUGAACGUUGGAAAGAAGAAAACCGAUGUCAUUGGGCUAAACCAAUUUUACCAUUUUUUGAAGAUAACUGUGCUCAAACCUGCGGUCGAUGUCAAAAUAACGGACGAUAUUGGAAUAUUUGUGCUCUAAAAAUACCAUUGCCACCAAUUUUGGAACCAGUUUCGUGGAUAAUUGGUCAAUGGCAAACUGAAACUAUAGUUGGAGAUCGAUUUCCAGUUCCAUUUCAACAACCCUACAAAGAAGUUUUGGAUAUUUUACUUUCAGAAGUACCAAUGUUCGAUCGUCCACCAGUAAAUGUUUCAAUCCGAGCUUAUACUCAAGAAGGAUCAGAAUAUAAUGAAGUAGGAUUCAUGACAGGUAAGCCUUUUCACGAAGCAACAGGAUUCGUGGAACUGAACAAGUCAUCUAGUGGUCAUGACCAAAUUGCUAUUGAAAUGGUUAGUAACACAGGAAUAACAACAAUCGAGGAAGGUAUACUUCGUAAUGAUGAGAUAAUACUCAAUUUAAGUUAUAAACGAGCUCUUCCAGCUGCAUAUUUCCAUCUGCCAAGAAAAUCAAGACGAAGUUUCAAACUACAAGGACGAAAUUGGUUGAUUGAGAAGGCAUUUUUGGAAGAUUCACAUGGAUUAAUUCAUAAAUGGAUUAAGCGAUAUCGAAGAACUAGAGAUUAUCUAUUAGAAUACUAAUU